AGUAGCCGCCGCCCGGCCGGGAUGGGGGCGAGCAGAGCCGUAGGGGCCCCGCGGCGGACGGGCUAGUGAUUCCCGGGGCGGAGCGGCAGGAGCGGGAGCCGCCCGCCCGUCCCUCCCCCCCUCGCCUCCCGCUCAGCCCGGCCAUGGAGGAGGAGGGCACGAAAGAGGGUGGUGAGAAGCUCCGGGGUGCCCAGAUGGCAGAUAAGGCUGGAUGGAUCAAGAAGAGCAGUGGGGGCCUCCUGGGACUUUGGAAAGACCGAUAUCUCCUGCUCUGCAAGGCACAACUUCUUGUCUAUGAGAACGAGGAUGAGCAGAAGUGCAUAGAGACUGUAGAACUGGGCAGCUAUGAGAAGUGCCAAGACUUGCGAGCUCUCUUAAAGAGGAAGCAUCGGUUUAUUUUGCUUCGAUCUCCUGGGAACAAGGUUCAUGACAUCAAAUUCCAGGCUCAGAAUGGGGAAGAGAAGGAGUCCUGGAUCAAAGCCCUCAAUGAAGGCAUCAACAAAGGCAAGAAUAAAGCCUUUGAUGAGGUUAAGGUAGACAAGAGCUGUGCCCUGGAACAUGUGACUCGGGAUCGGGUGAGAGGUGGGCAGCGGCGACGACCACCUACAAGAAUCCACCUGAAAGAGGUGGCCAGUGCUGCAUCAGACGGGUUGUUGAGGCUGGACCUUGAUGUUCCAGACAGUGGGCCCCCCUCUUUCAUUUCCAGCAACAACAUUAGCGAUUCCCCUCCUCGAGAGAAACCUCGACCACCCAUGCCUCCAACCAAACCCUCCCAGGACCCAGAGAAGCCAAAUUUGGAAGAUAUUGCUGAGAAGCCAGAGGCAGACGAGAGUCCCCCAGCUACUGCUCCUGAUAAUUCCCCAGACCAUCCGGAGGACCAGAGUGUGGCAGAAACAAGUGAAGAAGACUUGGAAACCUCGGCCCUGCCUGGGGGCAGUAAGGAGAACCUGACGGAAGGAAAUAAGAGUGGAGAAAAGGCUCUGGAGCUACCUCCCAAGGUUCAGCCUGACAAACUGAAAGUAAGCUGGGAAAAUCCAAGCCCAGAGCCUCCCACCCCUGUUGGCAAAGAAUCAGAUCAAUCUACAAGUUCAGAGACCGCUUCCAGGGAGGGAGGGAAGCCUCCAGCCCCUCCACCAAAGAUCCUGUCUGAGAAAUUGAAAGCAUCUAUGAGGCAGACCACCAGCCAAGACCAAUGCCAGGACUCCCAGGCUUCCAAGAGCCCUGACCCUGACCCAGGUUGUUCGCAAGUUUCAGUGAAUGGCGUGACCGACAGUGACAAUGGGAUCGAGCCCAUUGCAGAAUCGAGCCUGCAGAGAGCCACAGAGGAUAGCAGUGACCAGAAGACUCCCCUGAAGGAGGGGGACAAGGGCCAGCUAGCCUCUUUGGAGCCCAGCCCAGCCUCCUUGGAGGACGAGGGAGCCGAGGAGGGCUCAGGAGCAACCCUCCCGGAUGGACCCCCUGUUCUGUCACCCCUCCAGCCCCGAUGUGCCUCCCUAGGGAACCUGCUGUCGGAGAGCGACAAGGGUCAGCGUAUGCCCCUGGACAGGCACCAGCUGGUCAAGAUAGAGAAGAAGGUGACCUCCGAAAGGGAAAAGACUGAACAGCUCUUGAAUCAGGUCCUAGGCAGAGAGUUGGAGCACAACCAGGAGGGAAAUGGACCCCCGGCCAAUGCUGAGACAUUGCUCAACCAGGCAGUAGAGCAGCUGAGGCAAGCGACCCAAGUCUUGCAAGAAAUUAAAGUUUUAGGAGAACUGAACAAGGAACCACCGACCACCCUGAUAGAGAAGCAGAAAGAAAAGCAGAAGGACCUAGUGACUCUGUAUAGGAGAAGUGCUCCCUAGGGCAUGCUUAAGCACUUUUUUUUCUUCUCCCCCCCCC